UGCGAGGCGGCGGUGGCGGCGGCAGCUCCAGCAGCAAGCAGAAGCGGCAGUGUCAAUAAUACAAUAGGGCUCUUGUGCCGCCGCCUGGCCUGCCAAGAGGGAGACUGCAAAGGCACAGGGCCUGCUCGCCCCUACGAGCGACAGGGGGCACGGCGGGGGGCGCUCGCGGCGACAGGCUUGGCCAAGCGACAUGCCGGAGCGCGGGGCCGGCCCGUAGCCACGGAGCGCCCAGGCCGAGGCAGGCGGGAGCGGGAAGGGGAACGGCGCCGCGGCCGAAGAGGAACCGGGGAGGGCGGUGGGCAAGAAGAGGAGGAGGAGAUGGACGGCGUGAAGUAGCAGCGUCAGCCUUGGCCCCUGGGCUGGGGAGUCUCGGGGCGCGCAAACGCUGCUGGCGCCGCCCGCUCCAGAGCCACAAGGAUGCGUCAGGAUGAAACGCCACAGGCAUCUAAGCAGCAGUGACAGUUCAGACAAUGAAAGUCCUUCUACUUCUUUCUCCUUUUGUUCCAAGUACAGAAGCAAGUCAAAAACACCAGCAAAUGAACAAAAGAAACCUGCUGAGGUGUUUCGAAAGGAUCUCAUUAGUGCCAUGAAACUCCCAGAUUCUCAUCAUAUUAACCCAGAUGAAUAUUACCUCUUUGCGGACACAUGGAAACAAGAAUGGGAAAAGGGUGUGCAAGUCCCAGCCAGCCCAGACACGAUUCCACAACCUUCUCUCAGAGUCGUAGCGGAAAAAGUAAAGCAAGUACUAUAUACACGGCCUAGAAAAUACAUUCGUUGUUCAAGUCAAGAGCCCACUGAACCUGGCUAUAUCAACAUUCUGGAACUGGCAGAAUCGAUGUGUCGUUAUGACUUGGAUGAUAUGGACAUUUUCUGGCUUCAGGAAGUAAAUGAGGAGCUUGCUGAAAUGGGUUGUGGGCAGCUUGAUGAGAACACAAUGGAGAAAAUGGUGGAAGUCCUGGAACGUCACUGUCACGAGAACAUGAACCAUGCCAUUGAGACAGAGGAGGGGCUGGGUAUUGAAUAUGAUGAAGAUGUCAUCUGUGAUGUGUGCCGGUCCCCUGACAGUGAAGAUGGGAAUGAUAUGGUGUUUUGUGACAAAUGCAACAUCUGUGUGCAUCAGGCAUGCUAUGGCAUCCUAAAGGUUCCUGAAGGAAGCUGGCUGUGUCGUACUUGUGUUCUAGGUAUACACCCUCAGUGUCUCUUGUGUCCAAAGAGAGGUGGGGCCAUGAAAGCUACAAGGACAGGCACCAAGUGGGCGCAUGUGAGCUGUGCUCUUUGGAUUCCAGAGGUAAGCAUUGCUUGUCCAGAAAGAAUGGAACCAAUUACCAAAGUGUCCCAUAUUCCACCAAGUAGAUGGGCUUUAGUUUGCAGCUUAUGCAAAUUGAAAACUGGUGCUUGUAUCCAGUGCUCUGUGAAGAGCUGCAUUACUGCCUUUCAUGUCACGUGUGCCUUUGAGCAUAGCCUGGAGAUGAAAACAAUCCUGGACGAUGGCGAUGAAGUCAAGUUCAAGUCGUACUGUCUAAAGCAUAGCAAAACCAAGCAGAGCUUGAUGCCCGACGCAGACGUUAAUCCCAAGAGCACAGCAGACCAGAAGCAGACCGAGAGCGAGAAAACCAGUUUGCGUGCUCAGAAGCUUCGGGAGCUGGAGGAGGAGUUCUACUCCCUAGUGAGGAUUGAUGACGUCGCAGCAGAACUCGGCCUCCCUAAACUCACUGUGGACUUGAUCUAUAAUUACUGGAAACUAAAACGGAAAAGUAACUUUAAUAAACCAUUAUUUCCUCCCAGGGAGGAUGAGGAAAACGGCUUGGUUCAGCCAAAAGAAGAUAGCAUUCAUACUCGAAUGAGGAUGUUCAUGCAUUUGAGGCAGGAUCUAGAGAGGGUAAGAAAUCUUUGCUACAUGGUAAGCAGAAGAGAGAAGUUAAAACUUUCUCACAGCAAAGCACAUGAGCAGGUUUUCAAUUUGCAAGUCCAGCUUAUCAAUCAGGAAAUUGCUGCAGGCCAUUCUCUGACAAGUGCACUGGAAAACACGCUGUUUUAUCCACCUCCUAGAAUCACCUUGAAGCUUAAGAUGCCAAAAUCAACAUUAGGUGAUUGCAAAAAUAAAUUGAAAUCUGGUAAACCACUUUCUCCUGACAACAACGUCGUGGUUUACAGCAAAAAGGGUAUUCCAGUAUCCAAAGAGACUUUUGUUUCAAAUAUGAAAGCCUACUCGAGGUUUCAGCAUGAGAACAGGAGCAAUGGCUUGCUGGGAGGGAUGGUGAAGUCUAGGAACGAAGCAGCAAAGAAUUCUGGACCUGCACAUACAUCUGACUUCCAUCGCGGACAGUCGUCUGGCAAACCCUUAGCACUUCAAGCUGCAUUGCAUGGACAGUCCUCCAUUGGGAACGGGAAAAUUCAGCAGCACUCUAAUCUAGCAAAGUCUAAUGGCUUAAUGGGCAGAGUUGGGGAUGUCACUCAGCGAGACAGCUCUAGCCAAACGACAUACGAGCAGCAGUCUGUGCUCUCUGCCCACUUGGCUAGCCAGAGCAGCUUCAGGAAAUCAACAAUAGAACACUUUAGCAGGUCCUUCAAAGAAGCGACCAACAGUUUGGUGAGGACCACGGAAGAUCUCAGAUGCUGUGAAAAGCCCUCAAGAAGGCUGUCGAUGAGAGAGCGUUCGUGGGGCAAGCAAACUCUUGAAUAUCAGAUGGGGAGUGCCCCGUACCAGGACAAUGAUGGGUAUUGUCCCGAUUUGGAACUCAGUGACUCUGAAGCUGAAAGCGAUGAGAAUAAAGGACAGAUAAGACUGAGAAAAAGCAGCUCAGAGAGAGAGGUCCCAAGUAAAGACUUUAAUAGAGAUUGUCAUAGUAGAAGUAAAAGGAAUUUGAUUUCUCACAGUUCAGUACAAAGGUGAUUAGAAACCCCGGAUAAUGGGAAUAGCUCAGCCUUCGUAUGUCCAAGAUUAUUGAUGCAAACCUUAGGAAAUCUGCAGGUUACAGUGUAGGAUCUGUGAGCAAAUGACGAACUUGCUUUUUUUAAGUGGCGAAUUGGUUUACCCUUUUUUGAAAAGAUUGUUAAUUGGGGUUUUUUCCUAUAAGUGCUAUAUAAGUAAAGGUUACUUUAAAUAUCA